CUGGCUUACGAACACCACCCCCUCUUCUUCUUCCCCUAAAUCUUAGUCUUCCAUGGUGGUGGUGUGCACUCUUCCCCCUUUUCUCAAGAUAGCUACACAUACACAACACAGACACCCUUUUCUUUAAAACACUUAAAAAAGACAGAGGGCCUCUCUGUCUGUCUGUGAUCUCAUUAGUGGUGGUGGUGGCUCUCUCUUCUUGCUUAUCUUUGCUUUAACAUGUGCUUAGUUGGUUAUUCUUCACUAGCCUACCUUCCUCUCUUUCCUUAACUUUUUAGGUUUCUCCAUUGAUCUCUUCUCAGUUUCUCAGGCCUCUUUUCUUCAUUAAACAAUUCUGGGUUAAGGAACAUAGGCUCAAACCUCCAGGGUGGUGAAUAGUAUUGCAAAUCAGCGCCUGUGGGUGCUGGAGUGUUUGUGUUGUUGUGCUCUUCUUGGAUCCUAUUUCCUGAGGUGUCCUGUAAGAUAAGACUUGAAACCAAGAAGUCUAUAUGGUUCAGUUUUGAGGCAGAAUAAGAGACAGAAGUAUCUGCAAUUUAUGUGUGUUAUUUGAUUGGGCCAGCUGAUGGAUGAUCAAGAUAUAAGUCCUCAGAAGGAUUGGCCGGGGAAAGAGAGUUCAUCUCACAAACUGAGCAAGGAGAAAAUUUUGUCUAGAGAAGGUACUUUACAAUCCUCUGGCUCAAAAUUGAAAAGGUUGGUCAAAAUGGCAAAUCCACAGCAUGCUUUAAUUUCAAAUGUUAAUAGUUCACAGAUUAGUAGAUGUUGCACAAAAAGACCAUUAUUUCAAAGUACUAUUGGCGCUGACAGUAGGAUUCCGAAGCAUGUUCUGAGUGUAGAUGAAAAAUUCCGGCGUCGAUGCUUGGAAUUGAUUCACAUAAGUGCAUCCAAAGCAGCUCAGUGCAACGUAGCUGUGAAUUUGAGCUCUGUGAAGAUGGGUGUCUUAGCGGAAAAACUUAGUGCCAGUAACACUAGAAUUGGAGAUGCAUGCGAGUCUGCUAAAAUUGUUUAUGAAUGCCCAUUGGCAGCUGGAGGUGAGAGUGUUGUCAUAAGCCCUGCAGGACAGUGGAUUGUAGGUACAGUUAUGGGGAGCAAGAGCAUGAUAAAUAUUUUGAAAAGUCCUUUAUUUAACCAAGUGGGCCCUGAGGGUGGCAAUGCAGAUUCUAGACGAAUAACCUCAAAUGAUGGCAAAGGCUCGAUAUGCUAUGAUGUAGCAGAGUCUCCUGGUGCGUUAACUUUCUCUUCACCAAAGACAGAAAAGGAAAUGCCAGUUAAGGGAAGCAUUAAAAAUGAAUCUGAUGGGCGUCACAAAAGGCUUGUUUCGACGUGUGGCGGAGACUAUCCAUCUUCUGAACAAUCUUCCCCCUCGGCUCUUGCGACCGUUUCCCAAGGGAUGCUUCAAUGCACAUGGAAAGGAGGGAAUCCUCAUUUUGUUUUCUCUACAGAUGAACAAAAGGAGGUGUAUGUAGCCAAUUUGUGGAAAGUUCAGUCGAAAGGGGACAAGUCUCUGGAUUAUAUAUACCUGUUCCAUGCAGGAAAGGGUGGCCAAAAGAAACAUGAAAUUUCCGAUAGUGAGUCACACAUAAUUGGUAAGAUGAAAGUGAGUAAUUUGGUCUCUCUCUGCUCAAACAAUUCAAAGAUCAUGGAAACCGAGUUUGUUUUGUAUGGUGGUGGUAUGGAAAUGCACACUUCUAGCCAUAAUCUCAGGAAGGGUAAGGGGUUAACGAAGAAGAUGGCAGGAGUGUUCAGGACAAGUCACUUAUCCAAACAAAGAAUCACCCCCAAAUUGAGUGGACCCCUUGAGAAUUCUGUUCGGGAGUCGUGCCUGGAUGAGACAGCCAACAGUCAAGAUACUCUAGGUGUUCCCAAUUUGUUAGAUGAUAACCUCCCUCCAAAUUUUGAAUUAGCUGCAAUCAUUGUGAAAGACCAUCUCCCUGAUGACCACAAGGAAGAAGCUGGAGGUUGGGGUUUAAAAUUUCUAAAGAAAGUUGGGGUGAAGAAAACCAAUAACCCUGUGGAAAUGUCAGUUCCUCUGGAAUGUUGUCGAAAUAAUGGUGAUUGCUCAACAAGUAUGGAUGUUCUAAUACCCGCAGGUCUUCAUGGUGGACCAAGAACCAGAAUUGGUGGCCCUUCAAGUCUUACUGAAAGAUGGAGAUCUGGUGGAUACUGUGACUGUGGUGGCUGGGACAUGGGGUGCCCUCUCACAGUACUUAAAAGCAAUUCAAGCAAAGAGGACAUUUUGCCUCGAUCAGAUACUCAAGGGGAGUGCAAGCCGUUUGAUUUAAAUUUGCAGGGCUUCGAGCAUGCCACUCCCACAUUAAGGAUGAUGAAUGUCCAUGAUGGUCUGUAUUUUGUUCAUUUUCAACCUACUCUAUCAAUUCUGCAAUCUUUUUCAAUUGCAGUAGCAAUUAUCCAUACACAGACCCCUUCUCUCCAACCCAAAUGUACAGAAGUUUCAACCAAAGUCCAGGGUUGAUUUUUAUGUACUCUAUAACUCUACUGUAUAGAGCAGUGAGUAAUCCAUACAAUAUCUGUAUUUAUACUUGGAAUCAAGAUGAUUUCGCUUAUGCUUUAUGUUUUUGAUAUAGUGAUAUCAGAUAGUUUUUUUUUAUCGUAGGUUAGUUAGUACUGGUUGGGAUUUUAUAAUCCUUUGAUUCUUAGACCAGAAACCCUUGUAAUUCGUUCCCUAUCAUGAAUUUACAACAGUUUGAUAUAGUUAAAUUGA